UUGUGCCAAGUGUCCAUGAGAAAAUUAGUAGCAGAUGAUGACAACGAACAUCAUGCAAUUUAUACAAGUCCUUCACGAGAGCCUCUUUCUACAUCUCUCUCUCUCUCUCUCUUCUCUUCUUUUCAUCAUUACAGACACAAUCUCUUGCUUGAAAUGACGCUCCCUUCCUGCUUUCUCUUCCUCUCCUUCAUCUUCGUCACGCAUGCCUUCGACCUCAGCCUCAUCCAGAUGGAGACCGGAACAUGUCCGUAUACGGUGGUUGUCAUGACGAGCUGCCUCUCUCCAGAGUCGACGAGAGAUCAAAUCAGCAUCACUUUUGGCGAUGCGGAUGGCAACCAGGUGCAUGCAGAGAGACUAGGCGGAUCGGUAAAAGGAACGGGGAGUUUAGGGAAGUGUUCAACUGACACAUUCCAAGUCAGAGGUCAAUGUUUGACUAGCCCUGUAUGCUCCCUCUCUAUCAAACGGGAUGGACCCGACGGUUGGGUCCCGGAGUCCAUCGAGAUCUACGCACAAGGUUCCAAGUCUGUUAAAUUCGAUUUCAGCAAAAGCGUCCCUAAAAACACUUGGUACGGCCAAGACCACUGCAACACCACAGGCCCGCCAUCGUCUCCCGGACUGCCCCCACCGGCAUUCCCACCGGAGACACCUAAGCUACCGCCACCUCCCCAUCCACGACCAUCUGCUGCUUCCCGGGGUGGUGGAGAUGGCGAGAGCGCUUUUCUUGCGUUUGCCAUUGCCACUGCGGUUGCGUUCGCCGCAAUGGUGCGUUAAGGUUGCUUGAUGAGCAUGCUGCGUAUGUAGCGUCGUGAGACUUUUUUUUUCGUCGAAUGUGUUUGUUUGUUUUGUGGUUUUGUUAAUUUCAGCCUCAAUGUUGUUGUAAAAAACAUAACUAAAUUGUGAAGUGCUUAGUUUCGUUUUUCUUUAAAAUAAAACCUUUUGUUAAUACUUGA